GUUAACAAAUUAAGACUGCAAAUUUAAUAAACCUUUAUUUACGUAAUUAGUAAAAAAUCUAUAAAAUUAAGUUUUCGAAUCAUUUAUGUGAAACCUUAAGAAGAAAUAUAUUCAGCUAAAAUUGAAACUGAUUGAAAGAAUGAAAAUUUACAUAUUUAUGAUGUUUACUUUGCAUAUGUCGCAGGGAUUACCACCGAUAACGCCGUGUUUUCCAGUUAACUGUUUGGUUAACCCAUGUAAUAAUUAUAAUUGUUCUAUUGGUUCACAAUGCGUUCCAAACUACUGUAACGGUUGCAACGCUGUGUGCAAACCUUGCGUAAUAAGUUACUGCAAAGUUAACCCCUGCUCAAAUUAUCGUUGUCCUGUUGGAUACCAAUGCGUCCCAAAUUACUGUAACGGUUGCUUCGCUGAGUGCAAAAAAUGUCCAAUCACUAUCUGUAAACCCUGUACAUUAUUCUGCCCUAAAGGUAGUAAAUGUAUUGUAAGAAAUGAUUGUGGAAAAUGCACGUAUUCGUGUUCCAAGCCAAUUAUUCCAAUCUAUGAAAGAAGGAAAUAAAGAAAAUAAUUCCUC